UUUAUUUUUGUAAUGUCAUUGUACUUUCAACUGCAUGUAUUGCUGGUAAAUGAUUAUAAUGAAGCAAUAUUGUGAUGCUCAGUUCUGUUGCACCAACAGACAAUAGCUCAGUCAAAAUGUAUCUCCUAAAUAUUUCAAACUCUUGUUUUGACACACCUGACAACACAACAUUACUCACGUUAUUAAAGCUCUGUGUCACAGGAUGUGAGUGUCAGUUGGCUCUUGGAAGGGAUUUGCCAUUUUUCGUAAUAGAGGCCAUGGACUACUUGUAAUACUUAACAGCACAACAGGUGUUAUUUCACAAGUGGACAUAUCUUGUACUGAAGAGCCAAAUGUGCUGACCACAGCACAAAUCCAACUGCUGACAGAAAUUACAAAUCUUUUCUUAGAGCAUGUUUUUUCCCCCCCCAGAGUUGACACUGUCUUUUGUUGCAGCUGUCUCAUCGAACUUUUGUUUCUCUUUGUUUAUUGAAACAAUUGAUGGCUUCUAGUCGGCGCUGACAGCCAGCUGUAUGACUCAGAGCUCAGAGAGGGAUUUUACACUGGAAGUGAGUGACUAGUCAGAAAAUCCUAGGACUAGACUUGCUUUUGUUUUUAUGCAAGAGAAUCAGGUCGAUGAACAUUAUCUCCCGUAAGUUGUCUCUGAUGCGUGAUCAGUCAUAUUGUUGCUCAACUGAUGGCUUGAUACUUGAUAGCUGUGGGUACGUUAGACUUCUUCCUUAUUCCAUUUUGAGUGCAUGUUUUCUUUUAUAGUUGAAAGGAGUCCUGAGUGAUUUGUAUGCUUUGACUUGCUAUAUAUAGGCCUGGGCCUGGCAGUGUGAUUGGACCACAGAGGGUUAGGAUAAUGAGGGCCUCUAGCUUUUUGACUGUAGUAAAGUAACUUAAUUUGUAGCAAAGCUGUGGAGAUGUGGUGUUGGGUGCACUGAUACCCCCUUUCCACUUUCUUUGUCUUGGGCCUCUCAGUCUCAUGACAUGACAACAAUAGAAGCUUUUAUGGCCCACUCAGCCGAGUUGACUUAGACAAACAUUUUGUUUGUGUGUGUGUGACACGGGGAGAAAGUGAAUUAGGAGUCGGGAUGAGCUGCAAGACAGCUACACACAGAUCCAACUCAAGAACCACAAUUGUGUUCUCCUGGAAUUCACUCAAUACUGAAACAAAGAUGAACUCAAAUUACUUCUUACUACGAACUGUCAGUACGCAAGACUGAUGGUGCCUUCAAACUGAACUAAUGAAGUCGUAUUUUCAGCAAGUUUGACACAGUGGUUAAAAAGAAUACUUAAACCAAAAUCAAUAUAACUUGUAUAUAGUACUCGGCUUCUAGGAUCUCUCUGAAGUACUCGAAAGAGGCUGAAAGAAAGAUAACAAUAAAGGUUAUAAAUUGUCCAAAAAUAACUCAGAAUAUUCAUGUGCAGCACUAUCAAAGUGUCUUGUAUGCAUUCGUGGGUUCAUGGAAACACAACCGUUUUCGCUAAACUAUUCCUAAACGAAGCAUUUUCAGAAUAUCCGAUAAAUGCAUGCAUGCGCACAAUAAAUUCCUGCUUUGUUUAGUGGAAGAGUAGCGCCUUCAAAGUUUGUUUGCACUGAUAUGCUUUCAUUUUAUUGCGGUGCUCCGCUCACCUUAAUGCCAUUUGAUAGAAAACGUUUACUGUGACCAUAAAGAGCUUAUGGAGGCAAGUAGCCUACUAUAUACAAUUUAUAUUGUUUUUGGAUGAAUUACUCCUUUAAAUCCUAAGAACACUAUUGAAACUUAAUACAGAAUAAUUGGUGUUUCCCCGUUACGUUUUAAAGAAAUGUUAAUGAUUUCUACAUUGUUUUCAAAAAUUGCAAACAAAUAAAAGCCUCAGAAAAUGUCCAUUUUGGAAGUGGUGAAGAUCUCCUCUUUCGCUUGAGCGCGGUAAUCUCAGCAGCAAUCCCAGUGAGAUAGCAUUAUUGUUUUCCAAACGCAUUGGUGACGCCUCACUCUUAAAGUUCUCAUAUUGUUUCAUUACAUGUGAAACAAACUGAUUCAAAAUAUGAACAAUAAGGCAUAAAUCUAAGGCCGACUUUCAAAACCCGUCAGCUGGAAGAAGGAGACUGGAAAGCUUGACAGGUAAAACAACAGUGAAUAAACAGUUUCGCAAACGCUUAAUUGGCCAUAACCCGUGAUGCAACAUGUUACAUGCUUGAAUAUUUCAAUCCAUAGAGAGCAGAGCAAAAGCCGGUUUUACCCUUUAGUAUUUUAGUAUCUUAAUCUAGUUUUGGCAUACAUCAGGCAGAUUUAGGUUCGGCCCACCGGUGGCAUUGAGCUCUGCAGUGAAAGCAGAUGACAGUCUUGAAGCUGAGGACAAGUGCGUGUUCUCACUUUCUCACCAGGUCUCAUCUUUCCCAGUCUUUCCCUGGUCCAACAGUCAUUAUGUAACAGCAGUAGGUUGAGUUUGUUCAGCAGGAACGGUGAUGCAGCUGUAAAUGAAUGUAGACUGAGCAGAGUGACUGAUGAGAGUGUUUGGUCAGUUUCUGUGUCGAGUCCAUUUAAGGCGUGUUGCUAAGAGCACAGACAGGAGGAGAUGGAGGAGAGAAUGUGGCAGAGUAGAGGAGAGCUGGAAGACAAGAGAAACCCAAAAGAAUAGUUCAUGUAUUGUAAUCAAACCACAGGGGGUAAAAGGACAAUAAUGGUAUUUACAAUGAAAUCUGAAGCUGACUUUGACGUGACGCAGUUCCGAAGUUCAUUUAGGUCCUGUCCAGUUUAGAGGAGAAGAAACAGACACAUAUUUUCGAUGGGAGAAUUUUUUUUUUUUCUUUAGGUCAGAUAAACCUUUUUGCGUCAAUGCAAAGUUUUCAUUCAAAAUGUGGAUUAUCCCAGAACAGGAAUGAACAUAUCUUUUAUUUUGAUGUUUGUGUAAUGAUAUCAGCAGUAUUAUCUGUUCUGACCCAUGCAGUUAUAAUAACAUACUUGGGAAGUCUUGAGCACUAACUCUUGCUACUAAUACUACUGACUGCCGCUACUUUCUCAAAUCUUUUUUGCAUUUAAAUCCAUUGGAAGGUCAAAGCAACGGUGACAUUCUUCGGAGCACAAGACUGAAAUUUUAUGAAUAAUUUCCUCCCUAGUCACCGUCUCCUGCUGACUAUGCAGGCGUUGAAUGGGUCAAGGGGAAAUACCGCGGUUUUAAAGGCCAUGUUCCCAACGAGGCAUGUGCGGUUGGACGAGAGACAGAGGAACAGACAAAGAAAGAGAGAGGAGGGAUGGUGAGAUAAUAACACCGGAGGAAACAGAAUGAAGAGACAAAGAGGGGAGGGGGGAACAAAGACGUGUUGGUGUGGAGCUGUUAUCUGGCCCCAUUCUUUAUAUAUUUCUGAUAUCCUUAUAUGGUCCUCUGGCUCAAGUAAUGGAGAUGGGUUAGACAAUAACAAAACUUGUGUAAAAGCUUUUUAACAUCUGGGGAGAGAGUAAUAAGAGAGUGAAGGAUGUGGCUGCUGCCCUUUUCACAUGCUGUUCCCAAUUAAUGUUUUAUUAGAUAACAUGCAGAGGGACAUGUGACAAGAUGGCAGGAGGAAACAGCCAGUCUGGACCUUGCAUAGCGUUCAAUAAACCAUUCCAGAUUGAACCAGAUCCAGGAAAGGCUACUUUACGUCGUAAUUUGAUGACCGUUUGACAUAUUUGCUUUCUUGCCAAGACUUAAAUGAGAUUAUUGAUGACAUCUGUCAUGCCUCUACGCUGAAUAUGUAGCUAGAGCCAGCAGCUUAGCUUAGCACAAAGACUGGACUGACAGCAAAACUCUAGGAAGUCAUUGGCCCAGUCAAGAAAUAGUGCCAGCACGUAACUCUCCAUAACACCAUUGAUUUUACAUUUCGUUUUUUGGACAGAUUACACAAAAUAAGUGGUAAUAAGUGAGCCUAUGUUCACACUUUGAGCGAAAAAAAGUACCAAAACGGCCAAGCAUGGUCAGCUACAUUGUCGCCGAUUCGCUGUUGAAGUGUUGCUCAAGUGCUCGUUGACGUAGUUUUGUCGGUAAAUAGGCCUAGCAAUAGAAACUGACUUAGGCAUUCUUUUAGACGGAACGAACAGGGUGAAACGAAAACAUAUUGGUUGACGCUUCACUGCCUCAUUGGAGCACCGAAAAUAGUCAAGAACAUUUCAGUUUAAUGUCACUGGCUUCCAUUGUCUUAUAGCCAAAUUUGCAUCUGAGGUUUGAACAUGAAUCAGCUCAGGUUACUUGAUUAGUUUAGGAUGAUUUGAAUUGUCAUUCUACAUCUGAUUUUGCUCAUGAUCAAAACAAGUCUUAUUUUACUAUAGAAAAUGCUCAGGCUGUUAUUCAUUAGGUUAUUGCAAUUGCAUUUUGGGUAUCCAGUUACUUAAAAAAACAAUGUAUUUGCUGAAAUUCAUUCCAUCUGUUCUCAGGAAAGCUUUUGUCCAGUUCUUCAUUUGAAGCAAAGGGACUGUCUAAUGAAGGUGUUCUGAUCCUAGCAUGAUUCUUAGCAUGUGCACAGUAAAGAAAAGUGAGAGAUUGGAGAUGAGAUCAGACUCAUUCGUAUCUAUUAUGUCUAAAAUAAUUCUCUGUAAAGUGUCCCUGUUAUUCCAGCAUGUCAACACAAUCUCGGGUUGUUUUACACAUGUGAAAAUGGCAAAUUGAAAUGUUUAAAAUGGACACGUCUUUAAAUUGCAUACUGCAUGGUAUAUACUCUCUAAGUUGACAUGCAUACUGCUUAUGCUUAUGUCUGUAACAUGUCUUGUCUCUAUAGCUAUGUCUGUACCCAGUGGUUCAGCUCAGUCAGCCAAGUUCAUUGUUUCAGCUGACAGGAGAAAUCCUUCUCCUCUUUCGUUCUCUCCGUGGAAAUUGAAGGCUUGCGGCCCGUCACAGACCCACUAACAUCUUAUUACCGCGGCCAAUUCAUCUGCACCGCCUCGGCUCGGCCUCUCAUCUCCGCUCACUCUGCCAGGACUCAAGUCCAGGGCUUGUUUUUUUGCAUGGGGAACAUAUUCUUAAGCUCUCUGGCCAAGCACCUAAAAAUAGGUCUUUGACUGGUCUUUGUGGGGUUUCCCUACGGAUUCCUCGCAGUGAUGUAUUGAUGGUGCUCGUUGCUAUUGAAAUAACAGACUGAAUAUUGUAGCCAGUGUUUAAAUUGUCCACACGAGACCCAUCACAGGGAUCUUCACCUCGAACAUCCCGAUCUUUUCAGAGUUUUUACCCGUGUGUUGUUCUCAGGGCAUCAUGAAUUAAAAAUAGAUGUUCUUGAUAAUACUACAGAUUCAGAAAACCCACACUGAUGGCAUGUGAAUAAGUAGCCCUGCUUCAAGGGAUGGAUUGUGUGACAGAGAACAGAAUUUCAUUCAUAAGCAGUGUACGCUAUACUUCGGCUCUAACAGCUCUCCCAUGACAGGUUUAGCUCUGUUUUUACUGUGUACAUCCUCACAGCUAAAGGAAAUCUACUGGGAAAUCGUUACUGUAACAUAAUCACGUUAUCUCAGGGAGAAAGCAUUAAACAUUUCUUGAACUGGUCCCAGUUACGACCACUGAAACUCUGCAGCGAUGGACGUCGGCGCUUAAGGGGUUUUACUCGGCAGCGUCCAAAUAUCUGUGUUAAAAGCUGCCGUACACACUAGGCUACUUUUCUAAGCUCUGCCUCUGCUGCUGAUUCAGUGUAAAUACUCUGCGCUCCCUAAUUGCUGUAGUAAUGUAGUGCGGUCCAUAUAAGCCUAAUUUAGUGCAAGUGGAACAGAAGGAUUAGCACUGGAGUGGAGUGGAUUUGUGUUGUAAAAGCUCAAAGUCCAAUAUAGGAUUUACUAUAGAAGCCUCUAUGUUACCAGAUUUGAUUAACCCUUUCAGCAUCCGAAGAUACAUGCCUGUAGGCAGAUAAAUCAUUUCAGAUCAUCAUGAAUGGGUUUGUUAACAAUAUUAGAAGCUUAUUUUUUUGAUUGUAUGCCAUUGGGGGGGGAUCUUCAUUGUCGCCGCAGUCAGCCAUCAUGUCAGACAUCUGUAUGUCUUAGCUGAAAAGAGCCAAUUAGUCUGCACCGUAAGCCUGUGGUGACUGGUUCCAUUGAGGGAUUAAGGCUGGACUAGAUUAGAUUUGUUCUACGUCAGAAGGAGAGGAACCCAGUGGACAAAGUCAAGUUAUAGUCAUCUGUGACAAAAGAGCUCAGCGUUCAUUUCUACCCAACAUUCAGGUUUUUCUGAAUAUCUACUUUUCCCCCUGCUAGUCAGUAGUGUUGCUAGAUCACGGUAGACCCGGACGUGGUUCUGUCCAGUAGGGCUGGGUAUCGUGAGAUUAUCAAUACCAGUACCAGGACCCUUAAAGUGAUGCCAAUGCCAAUAUAGUACUUCAAUCGAUACCCAUGUGAAUGGAAGCGUUCAGUCGUGUAAAAUGCCGACGCCACAGCAUUCAUUUUUGUGUAGAAUAGCAAUAUUUUCAAAUGUUUUGGUGGCAUCUCGACACGCUGAACUGCCAAUCCGUCAAAUACACAGCGCUGGACUUCACCGCAUCAAAGACUGUUGUAGCUGCUGCUGUAGUGGGCCAAUCAAACCUUGUAUUACAUCGAAGAGCGCUUGUGGUGAUUGGCUGCGAGAAAAACAAUCAUUUUUUUCUAGAUCUGGGUACAAAAAAGAUAAAAUGCAGGUAUGGUUUGACUGGAGAAGUUUCAAUACUACAUGGUACUGGGUAUCAUGGACCGGUGUGUGUGUGUGUGUGUGUGUGUUUGGUAUGCGUGCUCACUCUGUGUGGGUGUUAAUGAGGUUAUUUCAUGUGCCUAAUAAAGGCUGAACCCCUACUGCUCAGAGUACCUCUACGUGCUAAUCCAUGUUACAUAAUGAGCGGGACACACACAGACUCUCAUGCACAGAUGCAACCUUGGUAACUUCCUAAUGUGCCUCAAAGUGUAGUGCAACAUAGCAGAAGUUUACGAAAUUAAACUGUUAUUGAACAGCUGCUGGCAAGAUGUCAUGGAACAAUGCAAAGUGGAAAAAAGUAUAUAAUGUAUAAGUGGCCUGAAAGAAAACACUAGUUGAAAUAGCCAGAACAAUAAGUAAUCAAGGACCCAAGAUUGCUGUUGUGGUUUAGCAUUAUGUCAAAUGACAAGUUCAGAUCUACAAAACAAUGUUACUUGCGUACGUGAGAAUGUAAAGUGAAGAGGGAGCUCCAGCUCGUUUAAUGUCUUUGCUGGAUUGUGAAAUAUUGUUUCAAUGUUAUGAGAAAAGAGUCUCUGCAUGUUUAUAAGGUCUCCACACCCUCUCCAACAUGUUGCACUGUAAUAUUAUGUUUUACUGCUUAGUUACCGCUGUAACUUGUGUAAUAUCGACUGUGAGCCUGUUUCUAAAGCUCUUUUCAGACAUAUGAGAUCAGAUAUGUAACAUUCAUCUGAAUCAAUGGAUGUAAUGUAAACUGUGGGAUAUACUCUACAUUAUUUUUGUAAAAAAAUAUCUACAUACUUGCGUUUCGCGAUGUUAUAUUUUGUGAUACUGUAUUGACUCAAAAAUGUAUAGUUUUACAUGCAAAGACUUUAGUUGGCAACCACACCACUGCUUCACACAGGAAGGCCUCAGUGUUUACUGUAAGUCUGUUUUCUCUCUCGUCCUCCUAAUAUUCGUCUGUUUAUCUAACUGACUCUUCUUUCCUCUCAUGCUGCUCUUUCCCACAACCCCUCUCUUUGACCCCCUUCCCUCCCCCCAUGUUUGUCCCUGUCUCUUGUGUUUUCUCACCGUCUUCCUCAGACCUUGCCUUCUUUCCCUCCCCCUUUGCUCUGUAUUUAUGUGUCCCAUACUCACCCUCUCAUCUAUAAUUCUCUCACCUUGUCUUCUUGAUUCACUCUUCUCUUUUCAAAUCUGUCUCUCUUCCCCCCCUCCUUCUCCUUUCCCCAUCAUCCCUCCAUCCUCGUAGAUGAAGCGGAUGAUGUCACCAUGGGGAACCAGCUUUGGAAGUGGGCGCAGCAGUGACAGCGCUGCCAUGGCAUCAGGACCUCCAGAUGUGAUGGCCAAUCAGGAGCCUGCUGAGGUCGUGGAAGAGUGCUCAGGAAAGAAGAAGUCCAAGUUCCAGACGUUUAAAAAAUUCUUCGCCAGGAAGAAGAGAAAGGAGACGCCGGCCGCUGGAGCAGACGCGGGGCUUAAAGCCAGCCGAUCGAGCGACAAUGUCAGCAAAACAUCCCAAAAUAACACGCUCACUCGAUCAGAGAAGGAUAAGGGCUCUGGGUCAAAGAUCAGCCUGGGCAGCAAGGCCUUGUCACACGACUCCAUCUUUGUUUCGGACUCGUCGGAGGCCAAAGAGGCUCUGGGAGCAUCUCAGGACAGCAUUCAUGGGAAAGUGAAAUCACUACAGCUCCAGCUGAGGCAGGCCAUCAGGCUGGGCUCCCCUCCAUCCCUCAUGUGUGUGAAGAAAACGGACGACGCCGGAGCCAUGUCUGAGGACGACGGCCUGCCUUGUAGUCCGCCCGAAUACACGACGCUUCACACAGUCAUGGCUCAGAGGAACAGCUCCAUCAGUCUGGAGGGAAUAGACAGUGACAGCGACCAGCUGUCCUGCGCUGCCUCCAGCAGAGCGGUGAGCCCCCUGGUGGUCCCGGGGGACUUCAGUCAGCCGGCCAGUCCCUUCGGCUGUCUGGAUAACUCUGCUGCCAAACACAAGCUGGGCCUGAGACACAAAGCCGGCAACAGGAGGAAACCUGUCGCUAGGCUGGAGUGGAAGGCAGAGGGAGACUCUGUGGUGGAGGAGAUACUGAACUCCUCCAUAACAGAAGCUGCAGAGGAGCGACCCAACACACCAGAAGUUGUAAGUGGUGAAGAGCUGAAACCAACGGGGAAUAGGGAGGAAGAAGAAGAAGAAGACGAGGAGGAGGAGGAGGAGGAGGAGGAGGAGGAGCCACAGCAUUCCAGACACUCCCUGUUGAGAGAUGAGGAGAGGGAGGAGGGAGAGGACCGGUCCCAAGCAGAGCAGGAUGUUUCUCAUGGCCCGGACUCUUCCUCUCCUCCUGAGCUGCGUCUCUCUGAGGAGGAAGUCCCAGACGCCCAGCCCUGGCCCUCCUCCAAGAAUAGCCCCAUGGACUCCUCUCUGGACAGUCCCAGAGCAACGCCAGAGCCCCCUGCUGGUCCGAGAGAGUACUUGCUGGACCCUCCAGGCAUUGCCUACGGAGCAGAGGAGAGGGGGGUUGAAAGUGACUUGACGCUGAGCGGAGAAGAAGAUGGAGUCCAGGACAACGGGGAGGAGGAGAGCUCCUUCUUACAGGAAGUGCUGAGCUCCUUGAAGACUCCCCUCUCGUCUUGCUCACUGGGCAUGGAGCCGGAGGGUGUGGUCCUGGAGAUAGAGGAGGUGGAGAAGGAAAAGGAAAGAGAAGACGUCGAGGUAGAGGAAGGUGAGGAGGUGAAAGAAGAGGAGGCAGCGGUGGACGAGCUUGUCGGUUAUCAGGCUGCUGCCGCUGGCUCCCUCCUGUCAGAUCACACCGCGGAGGAAGAGGAAGAGGUCGCCACUUUGAGCACUCCUUGUCGAGAUGUUGAAGAAGAUGAGGAAGAAGAAGCAGCAGAGGAAGAGGAACUAGUGGUGGAACACGUCUGUCAACAUGAUCGAGAAGAGGACGGAGAGAAAGAAGAGGCAGAGGAAGUCACCCCCGGGGAACAAGAUGAUGUACAAACAAGAAACGCUGUCAACCAGGCAGAGGAAGAGAGAAGAGAAGAAGAAGAAGAAGAAGAAGAAGAAGAAGAAGAAGAAGGGGAGGAGAGUGAGGGAGAGGAGGAGGCGAUAGAGCUGGAGAAGGAGCCGGAGGUGGAGGAGGAGGGACGGGAGAAGAGGGAAGAGGAAGAGGUGGAGGAGGCAGAGGUGAGAGUGGAGGAGGCAGAGGAGGCGAUAGAAGAAGAGAGGGAGGCCGCAGAGGAGAUGACGGAGAUGUUUCAUGAGGCAGCAGAUGAAGAAGUUACCAUGUUGCCGCAGGAGGAGGAUGAGGGUGUAGAUGUUGUGGUUGGAGAUGACACUGUGAGCAUAAAUGACGAGGAGACAAAGCUGGGGGAUACGGCAGCGCAUCAGAGUCGCGCAGCUUCCGAUCGAAGCUUCGGAGAGGAGAGGGAAGAUGGAGAAGAGAAGGUGGAGGAAGGUGUGGAGCUCAGCCGCGCGGAACAAAAAUCCGAGCAAGAGGAGGACGAGAGCGAACGAGAUCUGCAGCAGGAAGGCGUGGAAGCGUCCAUGGAACAAACUAAUGUUUCUGCCAAGCCUCCUUCUUUGUCACUUUCAGGGUCACAUGACGAGACUUGGUCACAAGAGAGUGGAGCCAUCAGUCCCAGUAAGACGGGCACUACCACCAUCCACAUAAAUCUACUCUCUCCAAGCUCAGAGAAAGCCACGCCUUUCUUCCAACAGUCCCCAACUGCCACACACCCCAACGAAAGUGGGACACCCGGUCAUGCCGCAGCAGCCACAGAAGAAGAAGAACCAGUUGACGAUGUGGAAGCCGUAGAAGAAGAAAAACAGCCGGCCCUGGAGGGAGAGGCUGCACCUCCUGCCUCUGCGGGCGAAGAGGUUAACCAGCCGCCCAGUGGUUCAGAUCACAGCAAAGCCCGCUUCACCAUCGCCCCCGCCUGGCAGAGGUCACUCUCUGCGGGGGAGGCAGGGGAGAGUUUGACUCCUCCCUCCUCCCCGCCCGCCGUCACAGGGCCCGGAGGUGUGGAGGUGGAGGCGGAGGCUGCGAAUAGCAAGGACCCCGAAGUGGAGGCAGAGCCAGCCAGUUCGGCCAAGGCGGAACUGGUGUUGAGCCCUGGUAGAGUGAGGAGUGCAGGGGCCGCCGCUGCACCACCUCCAUCAUCCAUUCAACCUCCGACCACGGCGAGCACAGAAGAGAGCUCCGUGGUAGCGGAGGGAAACCCCGACAGUCGUUUUGGAGUUCGGCUGAGGAAGACGUCAGCUCUCCACCUCUUCAGCUCGGAGGAGGAAAACACAGAGACUCCAAUCGAGCCUCCAGCUCAGCCAACCAGCUGUAGAGUUGACUCACAGCAGCCAAUCAGCAUGAAGCCCUCCAUAAGUCAGCCAGUCAGCAUCAAGCCCGCCCUCCCUAAGAAACCAGACGUACACGGAGACAGCGGAGGGAAAAACAAGCGCAUGUCAGACCCGGCUCCAGUUCGUGGUCUUUCUGGAUCUAAUCCUCCCAGCUGGAUCUCUGUGGCCAAACAGAAACAGAAGAUCUACAAAGAAAACUCGCUCGAUGAGAUUACUGUCAAGAAGGAGGAGCAAGAGAGGAAGAGUUCACUGCCACUGUAUGUCAGCUCAGCUGCAAGCAGGGAGCACAGCAACAGAACAGCAGAGUCAACCGGCAAAGUGAGUCCGUUGGAGAUCAGUAAGCAUUCGGCGUCUGUAGACAAAGAUGCCAGGAGGUCUCUCUCUCCUCCGACACCGGUGCCACCUCAACCUUUUAAAUCCCAGUCGCUGCCUCACCCUGUCCCUCCAAAACCCCAGCUUCCCCCGGCCACCGCCAAACACCCACCGCAACCUAUCCCUCCCCAAAGGUCCCCUCCGAUUCCUGUGCCCCAAAAAUCUCCCUCUUUCACAAGCCCGCCGGCGCCCUCCAAAAUGGCCACCUCAUCCAAGACGCCACAGCCCCAGAGCACGACACCCACCUCCCCUCCCUAUUCCUCGAGAACCGCCCCGGAAAAGUUUGGCUCGAGAGCUCCGGGGCUUUCCAGCCAGACCCCGGCCUCUCAGAGAGGCCUGCCUCCCCCGACAUUGCCCCAGGAUGAGCCUCCCUGGAUGGCCCUGGCCAAGAAGAAGGCCAAAGCCUGGAAGGAGAUGCCCCAGAUCGUCCAGUGACUGGUACUGGUUUCAGUGAGAUCUUGUACAUAGGCCUAAGCGGGUCGGAUCUGACAGCGGGCCCAAGAGUCUAGAUGGACCUGAAUGCAUUUGCACACAAAGAGUUGCUGUUUUCUGUUGUUUUCUUACUUCCUGUUUUCUAUCCUGGUUUAAGUCUUCAGAUUGGUGCAAACCAGCCAGUCACAGCUAAAGACCGGCUCAGUCUAACUCUUAACUCUUUACGUCCUCAUGGUGUACAUUGAUGUUUUCUAAAUGGCAGGGUGGGACCCCCAAAACCUUAAUGCGUCUUACUUGAAGUGGAUCCAUAUUUUUUCAAAAUGUGCCUGAAUGAGAGGAAAAUAUAAAAAAAAAUGUAUCCAAAGUAACUCAGAUGAUUCCAACCGAUAUCAGAACAUAUUUCAGGGAAUACAGGAUUAUUUUCUUAAAAAUAAAAGAUUUAUUCAUAGAAAGUUGGUUAAAAGUGACGAUGAAGAGAAGGAGAAAAAAAGUGUGUGUGUGUGUGUGUGUGUGUGUGUGUAUUGUAAGGCAGUGGUACAGGCUCACAUUUUGAGGAAUGUGGAAAAUACCAUGACCAGAGUGAAUUGGGAUAACUUCAAAGUUAAGCUGGAGUAAUAAUUGACUGGAGCAACUGCUGCCGCUCAUGAGCUUCGGUAGAAACUUGCUGAUCCACGUCUCCUCGAUCUGCCGUCUGUGCGUCGGGUUCUUUAAACAAAUAUAUUUCUUGUAACACGUUCCACUGACACUAAACCAAUGUUUGUCGUGCUCGAGUCUGUCCAACGUGUUCCGGGUUGUCAUCAUAAAUUAUAUUUUUUAAAUUCUUCUCUUUUGAUAUUUUGCAUAGGAAACUGCACAGUGUCUGUUUGCGUCCCACAGACAUCUGUCAUCUCCCAAAAGGUCAUCUAUUCAGGAAUCCAGCAAAACUAUCAUCACAUCCACUUUUUAUGUGUUUUUAAUACUUUUCAGUGCGUCAUGUUGGCCGCGGGUUUGGAAACAUUUUCCGAUCAUAACCAAACAUGUAGUUGAAACAGCAACAUUAAUAUAUCACUCGGAGAUUGAUUUGCUUCACAUCACAAAAAGGAAAGUGUUCACGGCUGAAAAGUUUCCUUUGCAUCAAUUAAAUCUAUCUAUCUCACAGUAACUAUAUAUUAUUUUUAUGCAUUUUGUUUUAUUUUGUAUUGCCUUUUGAGAAUUUGUCUUGUACAUAAAAUGCACAGUAAAGAACAAAUUAAACCUUUUUUUCUGGGUUCUUUUGUUAUCUGUGUGUAUGUCGACUGUAUGUUUCUCACACCAACACAGCCAAGUUCAGCCAUUUGGGUUUGAAAGUUAAAAUGCCUCCAAGGCACAAUAAAUCACCGUGUGGAACACUGAUGAAAGCAUCAGCAUGCAUGUCUUGUGUGUCUCUAAGUGAGGCAUUUGGAAUUUUUCAAUCCACAUGUCUUGACUUCUUUCUAUGCCACAAGAAUAUGUUUUUUUUUUUAACUGAGGUCAACUCCUCCGUAGUUAGUCUGGGAAUGUGUAGCAACCUCCGUAGAGUUAACAUUUUACAAUGAAAAGUUAGCACUUGGUGGAUGUUUUUAUAGCACUUUUUUACUAUAUAAUAUAUUUAGAAUUCUCUGUUAGUCAAAUAAAUAAAAGGAUUCAUUCAUUUAUUAUUUCCCGACCAGAACUGCAUCCCCAGGAGUGUAAUGAGACAUUUGAAAGAAUAUAAUUCAUCAGUUAACUGAAUAAAAAGUACUGAAACUUUUCUUGGACUCUCUUCAAAACAGCCUGUUCUAUUAAAGUGCCUCUUAAAGGAGUACUGCAGCAUUUUACUAUUACACUUCUCAAAAAUGGGGCACACACAGAGAAACACAUUGAAAAACAAAUGGUCAAAAUGAAAGCAGUACAAGCGGAUAUCUCCUGAUUGUUUCCUGAUGUCCUUUCAUUAGACCCUCAGUGGCUGGUCGAUGCUCUGUCUGUCAAACUCUGUUUGUAACGCAGGCUCUCAAUUACUCUCCGUUGACGUCAUCAGUGUAGACUUUAGAGAGCUCCUCCUGAGUCACAGCAAACAUUACACAACUGUUUUCACAGGCCGAGUCGUACUUCCUGUGACGAGCAAGCUGACCUUCGUGUGUAAAGGUCUGUGUAAUGCCCCUUUAAGCAACACCCC